AGACUUCCGGUGGUGUGUCAUGGCGGUGGCAUGGUGAAUCUUGCUGAAAGGAAAAAAUAACUAGCAGCUCUCGUCCUUUAAAUCGACUAAGGACGCAAUUUCAUGCAUAAAUAGAAUUAUCAGGUUCUGUUGCAUACUUUGGUUUUUUAAGGAGAGCAACCGCGGUUGCCAUCCGCCCUGCCAUGGCGGCACAUAAACCAGUGGAAUGGGUCCAGGCCGUCAUUAAUAGAUUUGAUGAUCAGCUUCCAAUUAAGGUUGGACACCAGAAUACCCACACCAAAAUCAGCACAGAGCACAACAAGGAAUGUCUCAUCAACAUCUCUAAGUACAAGUUUUCUCUUGUCAUCAGUGGCCUCACCAACAUCCUCAAAACUGUCAACAACAUGAGGAUAUUUGGAGAUACAGCAGAGAAGAACCUCUACCUCUCGCAGCUCAUCAUCCUGGACACACUUGAGAAGUGCCUGGCCGGGCAAUCCAAGGACUGCCUGCGUUUGGAUGAGGCCAUGCUUGUUAAGCAGCUCCUACCCGAAAUCUGCCAUUUUAUCCACACAUACCGCGAUGGCCACCAGCAUGCCACCGACCUACGGGCCUCAGCUUCUGGCGUCCUCUUCUCAUUAAGCUGCAACAAUUUUAAUGCUGUGUUCAGCCGGAUCUCUACCAGGUUACAGGAGCUUACGGUGUGCUCUGAGGACACUGUCGAUGUCCAUGACAUAGAGCUAAUGCAGUACAUCAAUGUGGACUGCUCCAAGCUUAAGAGGCUGCUCCAAGAAACGGUGCUAAAGUUUAAAGCUCUCAAGAAGCCUGCCCAGCUAGCAGUUAUUAACAGUUUAGAAAAGGCUUUUUGGAACUGGGUGGAGAACUACCCCGAUGAAUUCACAAUGCUUUACCAGCAGCCACAGGCAGACAUGGCAGAGGCUGCUGAGAGGCUGUUUGACCUCGUAGACAGCUUUGCAGAGAGCGCCAAGAGGAAGGCAGCCGUGUGGCCCCUUCAAAUCAUCCUCCUCAUCCUCUGUCCAGAGAUCACACUGACAAUCUCAAAGGAAACCGUCGAAGACAGCAAGGCGAACAAAAAACUGUUCCUGGAAAACUUGCGGAAGGCUUUAGCAGGCCAGGGUGGCAGCAAGCAGCUGAUGGAGAGUGCAGCGAUUGCGUGCGUCAAAUUGUGUAAAGCAUCGACCUACAUCAACUGGGAGGAUAAUUCUGUGAUUUUCCUGCUUGUCCAAUCCAUAGUCAUGGAUCUUAAGGCGUUGCUGUUUAACCCUGCCAAACCUUUCUGGCGUGGUACUGGCAGCCAGAAUACAGAUUUGGACCUCAUGAUGGACUGCUUUGUGUCCUGCUUCCGCAUUAACCCACACAACAACCAGCACUUUAAGGUCUGUUUGGCCACCUCCUCUCCCACGACCUUCCAUUUUGUCCUGGUCAACUCCUUGCACAGAAUAAUAACAAAUUCCCAUCUUGACUGGUGGCCAAAGAUCGAUACAGUGUAUUCCUAUUCUGGAGAGUUGCGCUUCAUGUUCUCCGACACCCUGAACCGGGUCAUGCAAGGCCUGAACGCACACCCUCCACUGCGCAUGACGCCGAGUCAGACCUUUAAAGAGAAAAUGACGACCAGCCUUAAAUUCAAAGAAAAAGCCACUGAAAUGGACACACGCAGUUACAAGUGCCUCCUGCUAGCUUUGGUUAAGCUCAUCCAUGCUGACCCUAAGCUCAUGCUGCAUAACCCAGUGAAACAAGCGCAAGAAACCCAGAGCAGCACAGCAGAGCUGAUUAAAGGGCUGGUGCAACUAGUUCCUAUAACAAACACCACACAGCUCUCUCAAGAGGCAAUGGAGGCUCUGCUGGUCUUGCACCAACCAGAGACCAUUGAACUGUGGAACCCUGACACUCCCAUGGACACUUUCUGGGACAUCAGUUCCCAGGUUCUUUUCCUCAUUUGUCGGAAACUAAUUGGCCAUCAAAUGAUCAAUGGACCAGAGGUGCUCAAGUGGUUGAGGGAGAUCCUUAUCUGCAGGAACAAGUUUCUUCUCAAGAACAAGGAGUGUGCCACCCUUGGAAGUGGCCUCCCGAUCUGCCGACAGGCCCAGACAAAGCUGGAGGUGUGUUUGUACAUGUUCCUGUGGAGCCCAGACGCCGAGGCCGUGCUUGUAGCCAUGUCGUGUUUCCGUCACCUUUGUGAGGAGGCUGAUAUCCGCAGUGCUGCUGACGAGGUCCCCGUACAGACAAUACUGCCCAAUUACUCAACGUUCAGCGAGCUGGCCUCAGUCAGCAACAUGAUGGGCACAGGUCGUUCCACCUUGCAAAAAAGGGUGAUGGCCUUACUGAGAAGAAUAGAGCACCCCACUCCAGGAAACAUUGAGGCAUGGGAAGACACAUUUGGAAAAUGGGACCAGGCAACCAAGCAUAUCCUUAAUUUUCCCAAAAACAAGGCAGAUGAUGGGCAGCAGGAGUGGAUAAAUAUGACGGGCUUCCUGUGUGCUCUGGGAGGCGUGUGUCUCCAGCAGCGCAGCACUCCUGGUCCGGUCACGUACAGCCCGCCCAUGGGCCCCAUGUGCGAGCGAAAGCACUCCAUGAUCUCCAUGGGAACCUGUGAUGUCUCUACUCCUGUGCCUGCCUCGGUCACCUGCGCAUCCUCUGCAUCCAACGAGACACCGUUGAGCCGGUUUCUGGACCGGCUCCUCGCCCUGCUGGUGUGUGGCCAUGAUCGUGUGGGUCUCCACGUGCGCACCAACGUCAAGGACCUGUUGGGGCUGGAGCUGAGUCCAGCGCUCUACCCCAUGCUGUUCAACAAGCUGAGGAAUAGUAUUGGCAAGUUCUUUGACACACAGGGGCCGGUGAGUGACGCAAAUUACCUUCAUUUUCUUAAAAAUGUCUUCAUUCCUGCUUUCCAAGAUUUGCCCAUACCAUGUUAUUGAAGUCUAUCCGUAGUAUCAUUAUCCCGUGGCCCUUUUUAGACUAAUCAAUUUCCAAGUAGGGAUCGACCGAUAUAUCGGUCGGCCGAUAUUAUCGGCCGAUAUUCGCGUUUUUUACGUGUAUCGGUAUCGGCCGAUACGCGGCCGUUUUUCGCCGAUAUUUAUUAUUUUAUUUUUUACUUGUUCUACCUCACCUGUUUUUACUAUUUGUUAAAUAUAGUUUUUUAUAUUGAAGUUCAAUAAAUGUUCCUUUUUUUUAAUUGAGACUUGUAACAUUUGUUAUCAGUGUAAUUUUUAUGAUUUGAGGGAGCAAAAAAAAAAAAAAAAAAAAGUAGUAUCGGCUCUAAAUAUCGGUAUCGGCGUAUCGGCUAAGGCUGAUGAAAAAAUAUCGGUAUCGUAUCGGCAAUUGGACAAUCCUGAUCAGUGUUUCCCGCAGGAUUUUUUUCAGCAGCGGUGGUGUGGUCCCCGAAGCCCUCUAGGGGGGUUCGGGGGGCAUGCCUAUGGAGUUAGAUUCAUGCCAAAACCCCGCACACACGCAAAACGUGUUUUGCUCACACAUAACGAUUCACACGCACACAAAACGUGUUUUACUCACGCAAAAUGAUUCACACACACGCUCAGUGUGGUUUGCAAAUACAAAACAUCAUUCACAAACUAAAGCAUUUUGCUUCAGAAACAAAUACAGUAUGUUUUACACAAAGUACAAAAAAAAUCCUUCAAGUACACAAAACAAUUCUA